AUGCUAUCCUCCAUACAGCCCAUGAAAUCUUCUAUGAUGUUGGCAACCACCACGCGAACGAUAAUACGAUCCUCGUCAUCAUCACUGUCAACAGGCGCCAGGCGAUCGGCUGCUUGUCAACGGAAUAACUUUCAUGGAUUCACAAACAAGUCUCCCCGAAAUCAGCAACAGUUUCACCAAAAGACGGCAAGACGGCGUCGAUUCUCCGCUACGGCUAUCGAGGAGGUGGCCCAAGAACCAUCUUAUGAUACACUCAAAAUCAUUGCGAUUGGUCAAGCCAUUCCUUUUAUUGGAUUUGGUUUCAUGGACAAUGCUAUUUUGAUCGUGGCAGGAGACGCUAUUGACACUUAUUUGGGAGUGACACUGGGAAUUUCAACACUCUGUGCAGCCGCGAUUGGAAACAUUAUCAGUGAUCUUGCUGGUAUUGGUAUGGGGACUGUCAUUGAAGAUUUUUGCGCCAACCGAUUGAAACUUCCUACUCCUGAUUUGUCAACUGCCCAACGGCAGUUACGGAGCGUCCGAUUUGCGGGUCAAAUGGGCAUGGCCGUGGGCAUGACCUUUGGCUGUAUUGUUGGAAUGUUCCCUUUGUUUUUUAUUGAUGACAAAAAGGUCCAGAACCUCAAGAAGAAGGCCCAUUUAGAAGCGUUGUUUAUGGAUGUGGUUACCGAGGCCAAGACUUUGGUUGGCGCUGAGUCUACUUGCUUGUAUCUCCGCGUGACAAAAGACAAGGAGAAGUUGCUCGAAAAACAUGCCCAUCUUCCCUACUGUCCGGCAGCUGAUGGUGAAUAUCUCUAUGCCAUGUACUAUGUUCUUCCCAAGAGCAAGAAACAGAAAUCCGUUGAGAAAGCGAGGAGUAGUCUGCCACUGGCCAUUGAUGAAGUGGAUACUUCCCGGUUCUUACCGCUCGGUAAGGGGAUCGUCAGUCGGGCUGUCAUGACUGGUGAAGCCUGGAACAUUCGAGACGUCAGUGAAGAACCAGAUUUCUUUCCGGAAGUUCGAUCGGAAGAUGUCGCACGUCCCUUGGAUGAGUUGCGGCACAUGGUGGUUGUUCCUGUUUUGGAUUAUCAAGGUCGUUCGAUUGGCGUGAUUCGGGCCAUGAAUAAGAUUGCUUCUUCCAGUGUUGGCGCUGGACCUCCGGGGGAUGGAUUUACUUCAAUCGAUGUGCAGGCGCUGAAAGCAUUGGCCAGUCACAUUAGUGUUUCGUUGAAUUCGGUAUACCAAGAUCAGGAUGACGAAGAAGUUCGAUUGCGAGAUUCAAUCCGGAUCCUGAAGGAACAGGGAAUACAGGGAAAGCAGCAAGGCUCGUUGACCAAGCUUUUUCCUGUCGAAUAA